AUGCCGAACGCCAAGAAUCUGCCGAAUGGCGGGACCCUGGAGCAACGCCUGAGCCAUUACCUUCGAGCGAAGCAGAACCGCACACAAGCCCUGUUGGCAGAUGACCAGCGUAUACGUGACAGAAUCAACGAGAUUCAGGCCGAGAAGAUGUUACUCGAGGAUGAAUGUAUGUUGCUCGAGGAUGAGCUUGAAAGUAAUCUGAGGCAACGUCUCGAAGAUCCCGAGGGAGAGCCACUUCUGCAGGAGCUGAUGGCAGUGGAGCAAAGCAAAUGUCGCCCGCUAUGCGAAGCUAUGCAGCUGAAACUGCCACGCGAAAUUCGCGACAUGAUCUAUGAGCAAGUUGUGGGCCCCUCAGUCUGGCACAACGGCCAGCAUACUGUACCUGUGGUAGCAUCGAAGGAUCUCGGUGUCUCGGACGCAUUCAAGCUUGUCAGCAACAGCAUCGGUCUGUUGGCCAGCGGCGGAUAUGAUCAUUUUGGCGAGGCCACACGGCAAGAGUUGGCGGAGUACUGGUACACAAGAACUACAUUCGACUUCGGCACAGACUUGCAUCUCCUCAAAGCCUUCCUCGACAGUGUUGCUGCCGGUACUAGUUGCAAAGCUCUUGAGGUAGUCCGCCAGCUAGAGAUUACAAUCGACUGCAACGACGAGUUCGAGCCGGAAACCGAGCGACUUUUGACCAGUGCUCUGGCAGAUCUUACACUACGGAUCCAGCCGGCACGAUUACGAAUUUACCUACGCGACAUCCAGGGCGUUGUGCGCUAUAAUGACGACCGGCUCCUGAUCCUACUACACAAUGUCAGGCAACUUCUUCCGGACCUUCCUGGUUGGACGAUCGAAUUCGUUGUGCACGUGGUCACGAAUGACUGUCGAUUAUCGCGAGGAUGGCAAGGAUAUGCAUUCGAUGAUAUCAUACCAGGGUAUCAUGUCAACCUGAUGAUACCUGGGAAAACAGCUAUGUCACACGAUGAGUGGUCGGACAAGUUCAGACUACUUCGGAAAGAGCUUGAACAGUACUACGACGAUACACUGCACGAAGCAGACAACGAAGACGAAGAAGAGGAUGAGGAAUCUGAAGAAGACGGUACUGAUGACGAGCGCGAUGAAUACAUGCCUCUUGAUAGAGAUGAGCUUCUUGAAAUUGAGAAAGAGUUGGGCGCGUGUCAGGAGGAUACGAUUAUAUGGCGGGCCUUGGGUGCCCGAUGA